CCGGCCCCGCCCCCCGGCCGCGUGGCUGCGCGUCCCGGCUGUUGCCGAUAAAGUUGUCUGACGCCGGGCGGCGGCGGGUCACGUGAGCGGAAGAUGGCGGCCCCGGCAGGUGGCGGAGGCUCCGCGGUGUCGGUGCUGGCCCCGAACGGCCGGCGCCACACGGUAAAGGUGACGCCGAGCACCGUGCUGCUUCAGGUUCUGGAGGACACGUGCCGGCGGCAGGACUUCAACCCCUGUGAAUAUGAUCUGAAGUUUCAGAGGAGCGUGCUCGAUCUUUCUCUCCAGUGGAGAUUUGCCAACCUACCCAAUAAUGCCAAGCUGGAGAUGGUGCCCGCCUCCCGGAGCCGUGAGGGGCCCGAGAACAUGGUUCGCAUUGCUUUGCAGCUGGAUGACGGUUCCAGGUUGCAGGACACCUUCUGUUCAGGCCAGACCCUCUGGGAGCUUCUCAGCCAUUUUGCACAGACCAGGGACUGCCUGCAGCAGCCUGGUGGGGCAACCCCAGUGUGCGUGUACACGAGGGAUGAGGUGACGGGUGAAGCCGCCCUGAGGGACACCACACUGCAGUCGCUGGGCCUCACUGGGGGCAGUGCCUCCAUCAGGUUUGUCAUGAAGCGCUGUGACCCCGGGGGCAAGACCCCAGGAAACCUGGACUCAUCAGCGUCGGCUGGCCAGGCAGCCGCCAGCCCCCCACUCCCCUUGGAAUCUGGGGAGCUCUGCCGAGGUGACCCGAGCCGUCAGGAGGACGUGGACGCCAUGGGGUCCAGCUGCGAGGAUUCGCAGGAGAAGCAGAGCAUGAGGGCGCCCGUGCCUGCCCCCUUCGUUCCAUUCUCGGGCGGGGGACAGCGACUGGGGGGCCCCUCUGGGCCCAUGAGGCCUCUGAUUUCAUCAUCAGCCAAGUUGCCGAAGUCCCUCUCCAGCCCCGGAGGCCCCUCCAAGCCAAAGAAGUCCAAGCCUGGCCAGGAUCCCCAGCAGGAGCCAGAGCCAGAGCCGCCCGUGGACCGGGUGCCGGUGGUGUGCCACCCCGACCUGGAGGAGCGGCUGCAGGUCUGGCCGGUGGAGCUGCCCGAUGAGUUCUUCGAGCUGACGGUGGACGAUGUGAGAAGACGCUUGGCCCAGCUCAAGAGUGAGCGGAAGCGCUUGGAAGAAGCACCCUUGAUGACCAAGGCCUUCAGGGAGGCGCAGAUGAAGGAGAAGCUGGAGCGCUACCCAAAGGUGGCUCUGAGAGUCCUGUUCCCUGACCGCUACAUCCUGCAGGGCUUCUUCCGCCCCAGCGAGACAGUGGGGGACUUGCGAGACUUCGUGAAGAGCCACCUGGGGCACCCCGAGCUGCCGUUUUACCUGUUCAUCACUCCUCCAAAAACAGUCCUGGACGACUACUCGUGCACCCUCUUUCAGCCCUGUGCGUCAGGGUGCCCUCAGCCCUGGGGUCCAUGCUCUGCCCUUCACCCUGGAGCUCCUUAACAAGCCCUGAAGGCACUGGUGCGCCCCAGGGACCCCUUCAGCACAGGCUUUGUCUGCUGGCCCUGUGGGGACGGAAUUGGGAGGCCUGGCCAGGAGAAGGCCAAGGCGCCUGGCUCCAGCCCCGGUACACACAGCCUGCUUCUUCCACAGCGGGGGUCGGGGGGAGGGGUGCAGGCCUGUGGGCGCCCAGCCCCUGAUGUCCCGGCGAGGUCUUCCCUUUGCCCAUGGUGUGAUUUGAGUGUCAGCGCCACCCGUGUCUGUCUUGCCACACUGCUGCCUGCCGCCCUUCUGAGGGCUCAGUUGUCCCCAAGGCCAGGGCAGGGCAUCUAGAAGUACCUGGCCAGGUGUCUUCCCAUCCCUUUGCUGUGCUUGUCUAGGCUGGGCCAGAACUGAGCAGAGGGUAGAGAUUCCUUCCCCGUGGCCAUGGUGGUCUGUCCCUCAUUCCGUUGGGAUCCCAGAGACACAGCCAGCAGGCAGGGGACUUCUGGUGGGCAGCCAGAGGGGCAGGGAGGCCUGGUUCCAGAGGAUCUCCCCCAGGGGUCCUUCCCCAAGGCCUCAGCCCUGCAGCCCCAGCCUGGGCCCUGGCACGUGCUCUGUCCCCUUGUCCAGAGCAAAACAAGAGACGAGGGGUGGGGGCCCACAGACAGGCACCUGCCCUGGGGACUGAGCCCUGGCCACAGCCCUCCCUGUGCACGUCCACCUGGCCUGGAUCAGGUGAGACUCGGCUCCAGUGCCAGUGCCGGCCAUGAUGGGCUGAGUGUACUGGGCGGCGAGUUCCCUGGUCAGGGCCUCCUUCCAGGCGUGGCCAUCCCCCUCCCGAGGGGGUCUGGCUGUGGCCACCCUGUGUCUGGAGCGGGGGAGGCAGCUCUGGGUUGCAGGAAGCCCCGGGGCCAGCCCUCCUUUCUGGUCCUGAGGGUGGAGAGGCUGGACCUUUCUCUUGGAGGUGGGAGUGGGGAGGGGAGCCACAGAGGGCCUGUGGGUGUGAGAGGAGAUUCUCGGGCUUCCUUCCCUGUCCCAUCUGUGGUCCCCAUUCCACUGCCCUCACCCCACUGGGACCCUCCUGGGGGCUGGAUGUACUGGGGAACCCUGAGUCCACUGGGGUAGCUGUGACAAAGGCCCACCAUCCCGGAGGCCUGGGGUCCAAGCUCACGGGAUGGCUGGGCUGGCCCCUCUCAGGUUUCUGUCAUGGCUGGCAGGAGUUAUGUCUGUGUGCGUUCUGCGUCCUCAUCUCAUGAGAAUUCACACAGGAACAAACCCGCCUUUGAUGUCAUCUCACCUUACUUAUCUUGAAAGACCUGCUGGGCUUCCUUCCGUUGGCUUUGGGGGCAGACCUGGCUCCUAACACCCUCCAUUUGUUGGAGCUCUCAGGCUGUCUCAGGGGACCAGGACACGGAGAUCCCUUGCUGCCUGGUUCCCCACUCCCCAAGCCACCUGCCUGGCAGGGCGUGCCUGGCACUUCCAGCCUGAGUGCCUGCUGGGCACCUACCCCUGGCCAGUCCUGUCCUCCUCCCUCUUCUCCCAGAGCAGCUCCCCUCCUGCACUGCUGUGCUGCCCACCGCUGGGGCCUCUCUGCGGCCGACAGGCUGCCUUCUUUCCCCUGACCAGGCCCUACCCCACCUGGGCCUCUGAAAUGCUCCUCAUCACCUCAUGGUCUUGCAGAAGCAGGAUGGCUGUGGUCCCCUGCCUUCUCUCUUGGCUGCCUUUCCCCGGAGGGUGGUGCUGUUCUUGCCCAUGGAGACGGCUGGAGCGCGCGGCCACCUGUGUGUGCUGCUCCUGCGGAGUUGCUGCCCACGGGGGUUGGCCUGGACCUCCUUUCGGAAGCUCUUCCUGGCAACACCGAGUGUGGCAAGGGGCUGGCUCCAGGGUGGCUGGGCUGGCCCCUCCCAGGCUCCUGUUGUGGCAGGGUCACUUGUGUGUGUGGUCUGUGUCUUCAUUUCUUGAGGAAUCACACUGGACUAGACCCGCCUUUGAUGUCAUCUCACAUCACUUAUCUUUUUAAAGAUAAGUGAGAUAUCUUCAAAGAUAAGUGCACUGUCCCAGGCCCUCCGGUGUGUCAGGGCAGGGUGGCGCUCCUCUUCUCCCUGUCAGCCCAGGGAGCCAGGACAGUGUUGGUGGGGACAAGCCCCUCAGCCUGCGCCUCCCUCAAAGGCCCUUUCUGGGCCCUGCUCUGGGUGGCGGCGGGGGAGUGUCCACUGUGACUCACAUUCCGUGUCUAGACCCAGCUUCGUGACGGGUGGCUCCAUCCACCCUGGUCCCUUGCUGAAGUGGCCCCUGGAAACUAGGGCAGAGAGCACGGAUUCCAACAGUGGGAGAUGGAGGUGACAGGAGACUUUGGGAGGCUCCUUUUCUGGGGUCCAUCCAGAGGCCGAGCCUCUCUGAGCACUGCAGCCUCCAUGCCACCCGUCUGCCGAGCCUCCUCGCCACUGACUGCCAGGCCUACUUCCCUCUCCUCGCGUUCCUGAGCCCCAGCUGCCC